GCCAUGGCCAGCGCGGAGGAGCCCCGGGAGGGCGGCCCCAGCGGGGAAGGAGCCGGAGCCGCUGCUGCUGGCCUGGAGAGAGACUCGGGGGCAGAGGACAAUGCUUCACUCCAAGAGAAGAAAUUUGAAUUUCUGCAAAAGGAAGAGGUUGUGAACCCAGAGAUGACCCUGUCCCUGCAGGGGACCAUGCACCUAGAGGACAUUCUCUACUUUGGAGCCACAGAUGACGCUGAUGACACACUGUAUGUAGAAGAGGAGACGGACACCCCAGAGGAGACACUGUAUGUGAGGGAAACAGUUACUCCAGAGAUGACCCUAAACCAAGAGGAGACAGUCACCCCAGAGGAGACACUGGAUGUGAGGGAAACGGUCAACCCAGAGAUACUGAAGCAGGAAGAGACAAUUACUCCAGACAAGACGGAAAGAGUUGAGCCGGAGGAGAUACCGAACCCGGAGGAGAUAAACACACAGGGGGAGAAAGCAAGCCCUGAGGAAAACCUUGCCUCCAAGGAGAGCCUCAGUGUCGAGGACAGCCUGAGUCCAGAGGAAUUGGAGUUGCUGGAAUGCCGUUUCCAGCAAUGCAUUGAAGCUGUAUCACAGCUGGAGGAGGAACGGGACCGUCUUAUCCACGAGCUGGUGUUGCUUCGAGAGCCAGUUCUACAGGAGGUACAGAAGGUCCACCAGGACAUUCUAGCCGCCUACAAGCUACAUGCCCAAGGGGAACUGGAGUGUGAUGGGCUAAGGGAGGAGAUCCGGGUGGUGAAGCAAAAGCUGUUCAAAGUGACAAAAGAAUGUGUAGCGUACCAGUACCAGCUCGAGUGCCGGCAGAAGGAGGUCGCCCAGUUUGCUGCCGGCCAGGACGAGCUCACCGCUCGCAUUGCCCAACUCUCUGAGGAGCUGACACAACUCAAAGACACAUAUGAGAAACAGAAAGGCCAGUUUCGGCAGCAGCUAGAAGCCCCUCGGGGUCAGGGAGACGACAGCCAUUUUCUACAGGAGAGCCGGAGGCUUUCUGCUGAGUUUGAGAGUUUUAUGGCGGAAAGCCGCCAGGGCCUGGAAGAAGAGUAUGAACCCCAGCUCAUGCGACUCCUGGAGAGGAAGGAUGCUGGAGCAAAGGCACUACAGAAAACACAGGCAGAGAUUCAGGCAAUGAAGGAGGCCUUGAGACCGCUCCAAGCAGAGGCCAGACAACUCAGUUUGCAAAAUAGGAACCUGGAAGACCAGCUCUUGCUUGUGAGACAGAAGCGAGAUGAGGAGGUGCAACAGUACAAGGAACAGAUGGAAGAAAUGGAAGACAGACAGAGACAUCUGAAAAGCAGGGUACAAGUCCAGCAGCAGAAGAACAAAGAGAUGGAGGAGCUAAGGAUCAGCCUAACUGAAGAGCUCUCUAUUUAUAAGAACUGUUUAGAAAUCUAUGGCCGACUCUGUAACCCAGAAACAAGACAAAACCUCUUAGUGAAGGAGCACUAAAGCCUCAGUGGAUGUUUUUUUCUUUGCAGCAAAAAAGAGAAUGUGAGGGAAUCUGGUAAAAUGGGCCAUCUUAUGAAAGAAAUAAACACUGGCCUAUCAGUUUUAAAGAGACUUGCUGCCCCCUGCCAGAAGCAGAAUACCAGACGACCCUCAGCUUAUAGGGCAUAGAGCUUAUUGCACUGAAGAAUGGAAGCUCCUGCUGACCCCUAGCAGACUCAUGUACACGCUAUGAAAAGGACACAUCAACAGUGACUAGUGUAUAAGCCUCCAGUGUUCUGGAACAGAAAUUGUUGCCUUAUUUUGAUUCAAAGCUCUAAGCCUUUGUAAGGCAGAGCAAAUGUCAACAAGGCAGCCCAUUUUAAGUUAAGUGGAGUUUUAAAGUUUGAUUUAUCUGUGCCACAAGUGUCUGACUUUAAAUAGAAAUUUCUCUUAAAGCUAAAGCAUUUAUAAGGGUGCUGCAGGCUCCAGUAGCUUCGUUUCCUUAUUCAUAUCAAUAAUUUCCACUACACAGACACACGUCACCCUGAAAACAAGGGACCAAUCAUGGUUUUGAGACCAAAAUGGUUUAAGGCCAUUGGGACUUGGAGUUUUAUCCUCAUGAAGACAACUGUGGUACGAAAUGAUGCACCUGGCUAAUAAAACAAAGGUGGCCAGGUACCUGGAAUACGAUCUGGUAUUAUGAGGUCUUGGAGAUUAAGACCAUCACAGCCUAUUAUUAUACAUCUGUUGAGUACAAGUCCCACUGGGGAAAAAAACAAUGUUCUAGGAAGAGCCAGCCUCUCCUUUUUCAAAUUUACCUUUUUUUCCUGGAGUGCUCUCUCUCUCUCUCACAUUCUUAAAGACCCAUGUAUUUAUUUAGGGAAGGGUGAGCAAUAAACUUCAAAACAAAAAGAUGGCAAAACUGUAUCAGAAUAAUGCAGGUCCUGA